UUAGUGCAAGUAUCAAUGACGAGCAGAUUAGUUGCUGUAAUUCUUUGUGAAUCACUGAAUACCAUAAGUUUAGAAAAGGUGGGUCACCUUUUGGUAUGGAAACAGAUUUUGGAAAACAGAGUGAGAGAGGGCUCCACACUGAGUGAGAGUGAUGGGAGUGAGGUACAGCUCUGCCCUGGGUUCCUUCCUCUCAUGCCAAUGUCUAUGUCGUGUGGAGGCAUGAAGAAGCUGUGGAUGUUUGUGUUUGUGGGUUUGGUGAUUGGGAAAUGGGUGGAAGGGUUUGAGAAUGCUACUUUGGAAGAAGUGCAAUAUGUCACUGGAAGAGGUUUCUAUAGACCUUUGAUGGUUGGACUUACUCUUAUUAAUGGUGCUGCUGCUAAAGGAGCUGUAUGCCUGGAUGGGUCUUUACCGGGUUACCACUUGCACCGUGGAUAUGGUUCAGGAUCAAACAGUUGGCUCAUACAAUUGGAGGGCGGAGGCUGGUGUGGAACUAUCAGAAAUUGUGUUUAUAGUAAGAAAACACGUCAUGGUUCAUCAGCAUUUAUGGAAAAAUAUAUACCAUUUAUUGGGAUACUAAGCAACAAGGCUGAGGAAAAUCCAGAUUUUUUCAAUUGGAAUAGAGUGAAAAUUCGCUAUUGUGAUGGUGCAUCAUUUAGUGGGGACAGUCAAAAUGAGGCAGCAGGGUUGUAUUUCAGAGGGCAACGCAUCUGGCAAGCUGCUAUGGAAGAUUUAAAGUCAAAAGGGAUGCGCUAUGCUAAACAGGCUCUUCUAUCUGGAUGUUCUGCUGGAGGUUUAUCAUCUAUACUACACUGUGAUGAAUUUAGCGGAUUGUUUCCUAGAACCACAAGAGUGAAGUGCUUAAGUGAUGCUGGAUUAUUCCUUGAUUCUGUUGACGUAUCUGGCCAUCGCAAUUUAAGGAAUAUGUUCAGAGCUGUGGUCACCUUACAUGGAGUGCAAAGGAACCUUCCAAGGAGUUGUGCCAGUCACCUCAAUCCAAUUCUGUGCUUUUUCCCUCAGCACUUAAUUGCCAGUGUUAGGACACCACUAUUUCUUCUGAAUGCAGCAUAUGAUUCUUGGCAGGUUCAAGAGAGUGUUGCUCCACCAUCUGCUGAUUAUCACUGGAAUUGGAUGGAAUGCAGAAAAAAUUAUGCACGUUGCAGUUCACCACAGAUACAGUAUCUCCAAGGUUUCCGUAGUCAAAUGCUUAGAGUUACAAGAGGCUUCUCAAGGGCUCGUAAAAAUGGGUUGUUCAUAAAUUCAUGUUUCUCGCAUUGCCAGUCUGAAAGACAAGAUACAUGGUUUGCUCGCAAUUCUCCUCGUAUUGGAAAUAAAGGGAUUGCAGAGUCUGUUGGGAAUUGGUUUUUUGACAGAAGUAGUGUCCAGGCUAUCGGUUGUGCUUACCCUUGUGACAAGACUUGCCAUAAUUUGGUUUUCAAGUGAUAGACCACCAAAGUAUUAUUCUUUUUAUAACUUUUCUUCUUCCCUUGUAUUGCAAAUGCAUCAUUAGAAUCUCAGAAAAAAGAAAGAAAAGUCAUUGCCAGGGAAUACAAGCUCUGAUAUAUUGUCAAUUUGUCACAAAAAUCUUAAUAUUCAUUCAUACAAGCAUAAACCGUGGAUUGAGCUUAUUCAAUUCUCUCAUUGAAUCAUUUUUUUCGUGAGUGCAUUCCGGUUCCUGUCUGUGGAAUUUCAAUUACAUGGACUGUGUUCCCAGUGAGUGAGGAGUUUAGCUUUUGUAUCUUUCCUCAUCAUUAUCCUCUUGUGUUAUUAUUUACAUAUUGUUAUCCUCUUUGUAUUUAAUUUUACUUGUUGAAUUGAUGAAAUAGCAUUUUGUUA